ACGAAGGAGAGGCCGGAGUAUGCGCUGAGCAGCAGCGACGAGGAGGAUCCAGCGAAGGAGAUCGGGGUCACUUACAAAUCCACUAGGUCGGCGAAACCUGUGGGCCCAGAAGACAUGGGAGCCACAGCAGUGUAUGAACUGGACACGGAGAAGGAGAAGGAUGCCCAGGCCAUCUUCGAGCGCAGCCAGAAAAUCCAGGAGGAGCUGAGAGGAAAAGAAGAUGAUAAAAUUUACCGUGGCAUUAACAACUACCAGAAGUAUGUGAAGCCCAAGGACACAUCCAUGGGAAAUGCCUCAUCAGGAAUGGUCAGAAAAGGACCCAUCCGAGCUCCAGAGCACUUGAGGGCCACGGUGCGAUGGGACUAUCAGCCCGACAUCUGCAAGGACUACAAAGAGACUGGCUUCUGUGGCUUUGGAGACAGCUGCAAGUUCCUCCAUGACCGCUCAGACUACAAGCACGGGUGGCAGAUCGAGCGGGAGCUGGACGAGGGCCGCUACGGAGUCAAUGAUGAGGAAAACUAUGAGGUGAGCAGCGAUGAGGAGGAUAUGCCUUUCAAAUGCUUCAUCUGCAGAAGUUCCUUCAAGAACCCCGUGGUCACCAAGUGCAGGCACUACUUCUGUGAGAGCUGUGCCCUCCAACACUACCGCAGGUCCCAGCGCUGCUACGUGUGCGACAAGCAAACCAACGGAGUCUUCAACCCAGCAAAAGAGCUCAUGGCAAAACUGGAAAAACACAAAGCAGAGGAGGAAGAGGAGGAGGAGGAGCAGCAGCAUUCAGAGCAUGGCGAGGAUCCUCAAUAACAGAGCCCCCUCUUUUGUAUCUACCCAAAUAAAGCUUUCAUGGG